AUGCUAGGACUAGACAUCGCUUCUACAGGAAGAGCAAGCCAAACGACUAUCCGUUCCACCUAGACUACUGAACACGAUGGUCGGACAACGAUGUCUACCAUCACAUGAACAACAGUAUAUAUGCAUUCUUGAUCGACUCUAUUGUAAAUGCAUAUCUCAUCGAAUACUGUGGUCUCAAUCCUGAAACGUCAGAUCUAAUUGGUUUAGUUGUCUCAAGUUACUGUGUUUACUUUGGAUCUGUAGCCUACCCUCAAGUGCUCGACCUGGGACUCAGGGUUGUCAGGUUGGGGAAGUCAAGUGUUGUGUACGAAGUGGGGGUUUUUGAGCAAGGGCAAGACCAAGUCAAGGUGUUCGGUGGUUCGAUACACGUCUUCGUCCAUGCAGAGGGACGACGUCCGAGCGGAGACGGGAUGGCGCCGCAAAUGCGAGAGCGCUUGUCACAAAUCCUGGAGAAAGAGGUCGCCAAAUUAUAG